CUCAUUUUCUGAAAAUUCUUCCCUUACCGACGAAGAAACGCACCGUUUAGCAGAUCUACGUUUUCUCCAUGGCUCUCGAAUGGGUUGUGCUCGGCUACGCCGCGGCGGCAGAAGCGAUCAUGGUGCUCCUCCUCACCAUCCCCGGCCUCGACAGCCUACGCAGGGGCCUCGUCGUGGUGACACGUAAUCUCCUCAAGCCGUUCCUAUCGGUUGUCCCGUUCUGUCUGUUUCUGCUGAUGGAUAUCUAUUGGAAGUACGAGACGCGCCCGAAAUGCGAGGGGGAAUCGUGUACUCCGACGGAGCACUUGCGUCACCAGAAGUCGAUCAUGAAGAGUCAGCGCAACGCGCUCUUGAUCGCCUCCGCUUUGGUGUUCUAUUGGCUGUUGUAUUCGGUCACUCAUCUCGUGGUGAAGAUCGAGCAGUUGAAUCAGAGGAUUGAGAGGCUCAAGAAUAAGGAUUGAUCGGUCAAUUGAGGUUGAUUUUUAAUCUUUGCUUGAAAAUUAUGUUGAGGGUUUCUGAUACGUUCACCCAAUUUACUUUUAUUUAAUGAAUGCGGUUUUAUUUCUUUGAUUUUCUGUGUGACAUCUUUGUUUCUACAACUUGUUUCUGAGCUUGUCGCUUGUUUUAUUUCGUAACUAAAGAAGUAGACCCGUGCAAUUUUUUUA